CGCCCUGCGCAGGAGGGGGGCGGUGGUGGGCCGGGAAUCUCAUCACGCCCAGGUAAGUCCUUUCCCACCUGGGCAGGGUAAAUAGAACAAGGUUUGAAUUACCCGGCGUGGCCGAGGCGCUGGCAAGUGCGGGCAGCUUCGGCUGGGGACGCAUCCAGGGCAGCCGGUGCUGGCAUCCUGGGGUACCCUGCGCUGGGAAUGCCGUGCUCCGGAGGCGCUUGGGCCUCCCUGAGCAGGGAUUCUGCUUCGAGGGUUGUGGGGUUGGAGCACCCCGCUCUCACCAGGGUCACCCAGAAGCUCAAGGGUCUCCUUGCUCCGCAUCCAGGGAUCUCCUGGCUCGUGUCUCUGGCAGCUGCAGCGUCAUUCCCGGGGGCUCCUGUUGCCCGUUCCGCAGACAGGGAAACUGAGGCAGGCGCUGGGGCUGGAGCGGGCAGGGAGGGUUUGCCGGAGGCAGGUUUCCUUGCGGGCGCCCCCGGUGAGUCAGCCGGGGCCGGGGUGGGGCCUUGUUCCCGCAGCGCCGGGACAGGGAUAACGGAGAGGGAAAGCGCUUUGCAUAUUUGAUCAAACCUAACAGGUCGUCACCGGGCCCCUUGCGAAAUGUGGGAAUGCCGUGGGGCGCCCCGCCGGGAAGGGAGGCGGGAGAGCGCCUGCCGGGGGGCAGGUGAGGGGCAUGGCAGCGGGAUGGGAGCCUCUGCACGGCCGGGAUGGGAACGUGGGGUCUGCCUUGGACCCCCGGCCCCAGCAGGAUGCGGCCCCACUCUGGCUGCACGCCCGGAGCUGGGGACAUGCUCAGGGGAUGCUCUGCGGUGCCCAGGGACCUCCACCGGCUCGGGCCCCGCCGUGACCUCUCUCUUGCCUCUCCCCCCACAGGCGUCGUGCCCUUCGUGGCCCUGCUCCUGCUGCAGCGGCGGCCGGUGGCCGGGCGGGCGCUGCUGGUGAGCGGCCCCGGCUGCCCGGGCCACGGCUUGUGCCGCUCCAACGUGCAGGAGCAGACCCGCAGGCAGGUUGCGCUGCUCAACGCCACCGCUCAGGACCUCUUCAGCCUCUAUCUGAAGUGCCAGGGAGAGCCGUUCAGCAGCGAGACCGACAAGCUCUGCAACCCCGGCAGCGUGUUCUUCCCCGCCUUCCGCGUCAACCGGACGAGCGAGAGGAAGGAGGUGAUGGUGGCCAUGUACAAGCUCUUCGCCUUCCUCAACGCCUCGCUCGGCAACAUCACUCGGGACCAGGAGGAGCUCAACCCCACGGCCAAGGAGCUCCUGGACCGGCUCCACAACACCACCAAGACCACGCGGGGCCUCAUCUCCAACCUCACCUGCCUGCUCUGCAAGAACUACAAUGUCUUCCAGGUGGACGUCAGCUACGGGGAGAGCUCCAAGGGCAAGAGCACCUUCAAGAAGAAGCAGCAGGGCUGCCAGGUGCUCAGGAAGUACGUGCAGGUCAUCGCCCAGGCCGCCCGCAUCCUCCUACCUCACCUCAGCCCCCCGUGAGCACCUGCCCCGGCUCCUCUGCCCCGCACCGGCCGCCUCUCAACUCCUAUUUAUUACCCUGGACCCUGCGCUGGCCCCACCGACCUCUGGCCUUUAUCUGCCCCUUGCUGGGGUGAACGUUGCAGCCUGGUGUGUCCCGGGCGGAGCAGAGCUGGGGCCGGCAUCCAGCGGGAUGAGGCAGCGCAUCCCAGAGGUGAUGCUGCAGCGCGGGCUGGUCCUGGGAUGCAUCUCGGCUGUUCCCGUGCUCCAUGUGGGGAGCUGUGAGGGGCUGGCGGCAGGGCCAGACUCUGUCCCUCACAGCCGGUGUCCUCCAUCCUGGAGAGGGACCCGAUGGACAUCCCGAGCAUCGCCCCAAAUCCUCCACUGCCCUGGGAAAAAGGGCUGGGAUGAAGGACGCCGGGAUGCUGCGGCUGCUGGGGACACCGAGUGCGGGGACCUGCACACCUUGAGGCUGGGCUCUGCCACAAAGGAGCCAAACUGAGGGUACGGGGUGGCCGUGGCAGCUGGGGCUGGGGCUGGGUCCCACCGGCUGGGACAAGGCCACCGCUGGGGACAGAGCCGGC